AUGUUUUUAAGGUCCAUAAUCAAUAAAAAUCUUUCGAUUUUUCAACAUACAUCUUCUCGUUUGUUAUCAUCAUUCUCGAAAAAUUAUGUUUGUGAUUCGUCUGUUAUUGAAGCUUAUCAAACAAAUAAAAAAUUGAAAUCAAUUAUUGAUCGACAAGAACAUCAAUUUUAUUAUCAUGGUGAUAAAAAAGAACAACAGAUACCAACAGUUUUUAAACAAAUUUCAACCAAUUCUAAUCUUCCAGAAAAUGUACACUAUCUUGUCAAUUCCACAUCUGAAAAUUCCACUGAUGAUGAUAAGACAAAGAAAACAUCUGUUGAAGACUUUAUUCACCUAACAGCUGCUAAUGAUCGUAGUAAAGGUACAUUUCCUGGUUUAGUUGGUAUGGAAAUUUUAUCUAUAAAACAUGGUUAUGUUUCUUGUCAACUUAAAAUUCGUGAAGAACUUUUGGCACCCAAUGGUUAUCUUCAUGCUGGUGUUGUUGUUACUUUUGCUGAUACUGCUUGUGGUUAUGGUUGUAUUCAGUCAAAACCUACUAAUGCAAAAUUAUUUACUACAAUUGAAUUGAAAUCAAAUUUUUUAGGAACUGUUAAACCCCCAGCUGUAAUAUCAUGUGUAGCUCGUUUAACACAUGGUGGAAAAACAACACAAGUUUGGGAUGCUGAAGUAAAAGAUACAGAAAAAAAUAAAUUAAUGGCACUCUUUCGAUGUACACAGUUAAUUAUUUAUUAA